AGGGUUGCCAUCUCCUUCCUCUGUUUGAAGGGCGAGCUCUCCUUUCCUGAAAGAAGGAAAGGAGAAGGUAAAAUAGAAUUAAAAAAAUUAUAUUGUUUCAAAGAAACCCCGCCUCACCCCCACCUUCAAAGAUUCCAAGAACCACGAUCUAUCCUUUCCCCCUUUUGCCGCCAUAAUCCAAAGGUUCCUCCGAUUCUAGGGUUCCCCGUUCGAAAUGCAGUCCCUUCGCUUGAUUCUUGAAUUCGAGCUCGAAUCCUGGCCUCGGUGAUGAGGAAAUUGACCCGGAAUUAGGGAUUCUGAGGGAUCCUUGGAGGUGAUUCUGGAGUCGCAGUAACAUGCGGUCGCUUCUGCCGGGAUGUGCGUCUCCGAAGGUGCUGAAGCAUGGCAGGAGCGACGGCAACGGCAGGUCGCAUCUUUAUUUGAACGUCUACGAUCUUACACCCAUGAACAAUUAUCUCUAUUUAUUUGGCCUCGGAGUCUUCCACUCUGGGAUCGAAGUACAUGGUAUGGAGUAUGGAUUUGGAGCACAUGAGUACCCAACUAGUGGAGUAUUUGAGGUGGAACCAAGAUGCUGUCCUGGUUUUAUCUUCCGGCGUUCUGUGUGGCUGGGCACCACUGACAUGUCUCAUUCAGAGUUCCGCAUGUUUAUUGCAAACCUUGCUGGGAAAUAUCAUGGCGAUACCUACCAUUUGAUUGUCAAGAACUGCAAUCAUUUCACAGAUGAUGUUUGUAUGUGUUUGACUGGAAAACCAAUUCCAGGAUGGGUAAAUCGGCUUGCAAGAUUAGUUUCAGGUUCUUUCUGCAACUGUCUUCUACCAGAAAGUAUUCAGGUUACAGCAGUUGGAAAUUUACCAGCUCAACCAACACUCGCUGAAGAUGAGUCCAUGUCGAUUACUUCAUCAGCUGAGGAGAGUGAUGAGGAUGAUCCAGAUCAUCAGCUACUACUGACAUCAAACAAUGACCCAGCACAUUCAAGAGCAAUUGAGUCUUGUUAAAGAUGCUCAGUGAUUUUUUCCUGUUUCUGUCUGUCAUCUCUGUUUUCUUUGAUGGAGCUUAUUGAUUUCACUUGUAUAAUUAUAUCAGCUUCAUAAUCCUUGUCUUUGUGCAUCAUUACCCAAGCCUUACUCCUGUAAGUGGCCUACAAUGCUGUAUUGUUAAUAUUUUAUUGUUUUCCUUAAUUUUAAGCAGAGCAUGGCCUGAUUCCAGUGAAGAUAAAAUUGUUCAUAAAUUCUCUGAAUUUGGUUAUUGGGCUUUUUCUUCUUUUUACUUCAA